GGGGUCACAAUUUUUAUACAGUGUAUAGUGUACUUAAUUUAAUUAAGUGAUGCCACCUGUUUUCUACAAGGCACCACUUCCUAUCGCACGCAAGGUACCCAAAGGUCGGAUCUUGCCUUUAACAUCGCCGGAUAUAAGACUUGGCAAGUGCUUAGUCACGCUAACACCUCGACGUAUAAAGGCGGAAGCUUUGGAGAAGCUGCGGUUUUCUUUGAAACGUAUAUUGAAUAGACAAAAGGAAAGGCAUGUUGACCUUCACGCGACGUAUGCUGUGACAAAGAACCCCGAAGGGGUUAAGAUGGGCCAGGGUAAAGGUAAAAUACAUCAUUACGUCGCAAGAGUACCUGCUGGAUAUCCCAUUGUUCACCUUCCACAACUUAAGCCGCUAGCUGGCACCAAAGAUCCCUUAUUUUGGGGAUUCGCCAGAGCAUUGGGCAAUAUACCUGUUUCUUGUAGUUUCAGGGCGCAAUAUAAUGAAUUCGAAGUGGACAACCUAUCUGUCAAAUCCAAAGAAGUCUCAAUGAAAAGCCUGGACACUCAGCGAAAACUACUUAAAGCACGUUUCAUGGGUACAUAAAAGGUGUACUUCAAUAAACAUUUUAUUUGUACCUCAUACAA